AUGGCCCAUUCACUGGUGGUUCGGGCUGGGGUGCAACGCCUGGCUGCGGACGGAAGUACCGCGGUUGUUCUAGUCGGUCAGCGACGUCAUCUGGCUCCGCUCACCUAUGACGGACCUUUGAAAGACGCCCUUCAAACCUUUGUUCGAGGUUUUAGAUCAGCUUCAUUCAUGAAAGAUAUUUUGAAACCAAGAGAAAGAGGACAAAGCGGAAAUGAAGUUAUUGUUUAACGCAGGUUUUGAAAAAUCCGAUUUAUUUUUUCUUCCUGAGCUUUCCGGGUUACCCGAUAGUAUUUAAUUUUUCUUAUAACCGUUUUCGCAUUCAGCGAUUUGAAAACUUCCCUUGUUCCAUUGAACGCGCCACCAGUUUCGACAAAGUGGUCAUUUUUCUCAAGAUUAGCUCACCCUGACGUAAUCUCCUUAUCAGUGUUUCAUAAAUGCUGAAUUUAUCAUCUUUUGAUCUAACCGCAAAUUUGCAGACGAGGAACACUGGAAAACGGCGAUUUCCCGUCUGCCGAAAACUUCCGGCCGAAUUCCGCUUCAUUUCGACCUCGCCCACGUGGUUACGGUCCCGGAUACGGCUUCUCGGUAUAACUCGCCGUCGAAUUCGGUUUCAGUCUUCAAAGAAGUCAAAUCGAUCGCUUUUCCGGAAGAUGUCAAGGUAGAAUCGAGGAUUCAUUGGAUUUAUUUCGCAACAGAAUGUUUUGAACUGAUUUUUUUUUUCGUUUUAAUCAUUUUUUAAUAUAGAUUAUCUAUAGACAACUUGAAAAAACUGAUUUUUAAAAAUUUCCUAUCCUUCUAUUUAUUAUGGAUUCCACUAAACUCAAAAAAAUCCGUCAGAGAGUGAAAAAAAGAUAACUGAAUUUUAGAGAUUCAAAGAUAAUUUCAAAUUUCGCGAAGUUCGCGGAAAUUACUCUGAACACGGCAUUAGAAGAAAUUUUUUUCUAAAAAAAUAAAUUUUUUUACGAAAAAAACUCUUCUCACGUUUUCGGAACACUCCGUUGCGUAUCAAUCCUUUUUCCAAAAACAUUGAACAGAUGAAAUAUAUAAUUUCAGAACAUCCACUUCGUUCUAUACGCUGAAUAUUCUCAUGUUCUAUCGAGUGUGGCGGCUGUGGCUCGUUGUUUCCCGAAAUUUUCUCUGAAAACGGCCAAAAAGAACGUGGAAAAUAUCCAUAUCGAUGUCGUUGUCCCCGGCGGGCCGGUAUUGUUUUCUUUUUAUUAAUUUUCGAAAAAGUCAAAAAUAACGGUCAUGGGAUUUAAUUCAAUUUUCAACGUUUUGGUCAAAAAUUUUCGAAGUUUUAGAAAGAGAGGACGUGUUUGGGAAUAUUCUGAAUAAGCUAAGAAGUUUUUAUCGUAAGAAAAUGUUGAUCAAGUAAAAAAACUCAUAAAGAGGCGAAAAAAAUUAUUGUCUCAAAUUUUUUUCUAAAAACAGAGAGGUAAAUGAAAAAAAUUGUUCUUGAAAAAAAUUUUGAUCGCGUAAAAAAAGUAGACUGCUUUCAUUUACGGAACUUGUCCAAUAAGGUUUGGAAAGAAAUCUCCAAAAAAAUGAAAAAUAAAAAAAUUAAAUUUUUUUAAAGCGAUUUUACAUGGAAGUUCGUAAGAAAAAAAUCUUAUGCAAUCAAAUCGAAAUUUUGUUCAUUUUCAGAACCUCAAAGAGAAAGACACCAAGUUCCUGAACGAUCUUUGCGAGGCGAUCCGCGAGACGGGCCGCCUGAUUGAUAUACCCGCAAACAUUCUCACCACUGAUAAGCUCGUCGAUGAAGCCGUGAGCGUGGGAAAAUCGCUCGGCGCCAAGAUUCAUAUCGUUCGGGUGAGAGAUGCUCGUUUGAUUGUUUGAUCUUCGAUAUCGAAAUCGAUUUGAGUUCCUAGAAGAAAAACGCAUGAAUCAGAGAGCAUGGAAAACUUAGAGAGACUAGACUCGUACUCUCCUCGUUCUACUCAGUUUCUAAUGAGCUGCGCGCUUGCAUGCAUGAUUCACGGCAAGCUUGGGACACUAAGGGGCGUGGUCUGUCUGCGCUCUCCACGAGCCAGGCACUAUAUCGUGCAUUAUCGUGGCAGGACCCUUUUUUUUCGACGGCUCAUGUCAGACGUGAAUCAGCUAUACAGGAAACGGGGAGAGCACGAUUCUGUUCUCUCCGAGUUAUCUAAACUGAUGUAUGCGCGUUUUUUUUAAACCGUGAAAUCGGCGCCUGCAUACACGGCACUACACACGACGGCAUAUUGCAGACAAGCAAACGAAAAACCAGCGCGCAUGAAUCAGAGAACAUGGGAAACGGAGAGACCAGACUCGUACUCUCCUCGUUCUACGUACUGUCUAGGGAGUUGCGCUGGCACGCAAAUCUACCAGAAAACGGCGCGCGUAGGUCCUUAGACAGUAUUUAGAACAAGGAGAGCUCGAUUCUGGGCUCUCCAAGUUUGUCGUGCUCUCUUAAAUGAUGCUUAGAUGCUUUUUCUUCAGAUUUGUAGCAUAUUCCGUGCCAAUUUUCAUGAUUCUCAUUUCUCUGAGCUAUGGAACUUUUCCUAUUGGAGCGCGCGGUCUUCAUGCGCCUUUUAUUCGUUUUAAAGUUCUCAUCAUAUUGAAGGCGCAUACGCAGAGACAGGCCGCGCACAUCGAAAAGAAGCGAGAAACAUCAAUGGGAGUCGUUUUCAAAGUUCAGGAAAAUCGCAAAAGUUUUUCCGCUUUACUGAAUUUAAGGUCUCAUAUCUUCGUUCGGAACUGAAGGCUUAUAGAAUUUUUUUAAGGCCUUACCUUCCAUUAUUCAUUAUCUCAAAGCCUCAUUGACUUAAAAUAGAUUAAUUUGUUCAGGGCGAUGAGCUCCUCCAACAAGGCUUCGGAGGCAUUUAUCACGUCGGAAAGGCGGCUUUGACCCCACCAGCUUUCGUGGUCCUCUCCAAGGAAGUUUCCGGAUCCGAUGAAUCAUAUGCCCUAGUUGGAAAAGGCGUCGUCUACGACACCGGCGGCAUGCAAAUCAAGGGAAAAACUGGAAUGCCUAGUGAGGAUGGAAAUAUUGGAAACUCUUCAAAACGAUUUUGAGACAUGAAACGGGACAUGGGCGGCGCCGCCGGAAUGCUUCACGCUUUCUCGACGCUGGUUCGGAACGGCUUCAACAAGACUCUUCAUGCGUGUCUUUGCAUCGUCGAGAACAAUAUCAGUCCUGUCGCCAAGUACGGUGGAGCUAUACUUGAGUGGUCCCUAUAGGGAAGAACAGAGGGAUGAGAUUUAGUAGUUCCUAUAGGGGUUUCAGGUCUGGUCCGUGAGCCCUUACAGCUCAAGUGGUCCCUAUAGGGUUUUUUUUAGUACAGAUUUGAAGGAAAACUUGAUUUAAACUCUGUGUUGAAAUUUUCAAUCCGAAAACUCUGAUUUUUGAGUUUUUCGCAUGAAAAUGCUUCUUCUCAUAGAGUUCUAAUUGUCUAGCAUGUCUUUGCAAGUUUUGGUGUGGAAUUGAGCCCUAGAAGUGAACCUUCCCCUAAGGUUGCCCCUAUAGGGGCUACUAUAGAGUUUCUGAGAACGAAAAGAUAUUUUUUUCACGGAAAGGGGGAGAAAAUAUAGAAGUAAAAUUGAAAAAAGAGCCAUUUCUGUGAAAAAGUCUGUUCAAAUUUUUAAUUUCAAGCUGUUGCUCAAGCUCCGCCCUUGAUGCCAGGAUGAGCCAAUCAGAGAGUGACGUCAUCGACAUUAAAAAUAUCAACAGAUUAUGCUAUAAAGAAAUUAAUUUCACCGUUUCGCGAUUUUUUCAAAAGCUAAGAAACUAGAAAAGAUGAUUUGAAUUUUUUUCUCAACUGCAAAAAAAUUUUCUGGUAAUGAAGGAGAGGUGAAUCUGAAAGAUUACAAAAAAUUGAACUUUUACCAAGAAAAAAUUACAGAUUCAAUAUUUAUUUUUACAUGAAAUUGGCAGCUCUUUUUCACCAAAUUUGUUUUUUCGACUUCUCGAAAAUCUUCUGAUUAUCAGAAAAUAAAAUUUUCCAGCAAGCCCGAUGACAUUAUCACGAUGUUGAGCGGCAAAAGUGUCGAGAUCAAUAAUACUGACGCUGAAGGUCGCCUGAUCCUGGCUGAUGGCGUUUUCUACGCCAAAGAAACCCUUAAGGUGCCACUUCAGCUUCUAACAUGAGAAAAUGAUAGUUCCAUGUCUUCAGGCAACGACAAUCAUCGACAUGGCCACCUUGACCGGCGCCCAAUCUUACCUCAGCGGUAAAUUGCACGCCGCCGCCAUGACCAACGAUGAAGAACUGGAAAAUAAUGUUGGAUUUGAAAAAAAAAAUCCAAAGAAAAUGAUAAAGUUCUGUAGAUCUUGACAGCCGGAAGAGCCUCCGGCGACUUGGUGGCGCCGAUGAUUUUCGCCCCGGACUUGUACAGUGCCGAUUUGAAGUCACCCGUUGCUGAUAUGAGGAACAGCAACUUGGGCAAGAUGGAUGUGAGAUUAUUUCUAAUGUGAUAGUGGUUUUUACAAUCACGUAGGCCAGGAAUACUUAUAAAAUGACCUAAAAGUCCCGUUUUCAUGCUAAUUCAGUCGAAUAUUUGAAUAUAAGACUUCAAGUCUAGAAGGAAGUGUUUGUUAAAUUUCGAAAGUUGACUGAACUUACAAAAUCCAGAGUGAUCCCUACAGGGGUCUUUCAACUUUUUUUUUCAUAUUUGAAAAUAAAAGAAAUUUUUUUAAUUUGAUCAAUUUAUCCAUUGAUUGUUUUUAUUCGAAAAACGCCAACUUAUUAAGUUUCUCGCAAUUUUCUCAUAACGAUAAUCGACUAGCAUGACCCCUUUAGGGGCCACUUUUGUAAGCUCUAAUGGUCUCAAGAGGGAUGGUAAAGUGAUCCCUAGAGGGGUAUUUCUCUCAUGUUGCUCCUGUAAGGAUCACUCUGGCGUUUCUAAAGUCCCGAUUUUGAGGAAACAAAAAAAAAAUAUUCUUUUUUUUGUUAGGAGGUCCUAGUAGACCAAAGUUAUCUAAAACCGCUUUCUAAUGUAGAUUUACGAUUGGCUUGAGCCAUCUAGAAAAGGUCCUGAAACGAUGAAAAGAAAGACUCGGACAUUGGUAACGCGAAACGGACGUGCUCCGGACGUUUCUGGGCGAUUCAAGGGAUCACUUAAGAGCGUUAAGGCUACUAAAGUGGUCACUAGAAAUGCCCCGACACGUCCGUUUCGCGUCCCGUUCGCGUUACCAAGGUCCGAGGAAACAGUGUCUGGUUGGCGGAGAGCGCAGACAGGCCACGCCCCUUGGUGUCCCAAGCUAACCCAGCUAUAAGAUUCCUACUAUUUUGCUCCUUCUCAGCAAGUCCUUCAGCGUCCCAAGCUAGCCGUGAAACAGCUAUAGGCUCUCUAUCUUCGUGCUCCUCUUCAGCAAGUCCAAAUUUCCAGGGACCACCAUCGGCCGUCGCCGGACUGUUCAUCGGGGCGCACAUCAAGUACGGCCAGGGAAUCCGCUGGCUUCACCUAGACAUUGCGGCUCCGGCCGAGCACGCCGACCGCGGAACCGGUUUCGGUCCGGCGCUCUUCUCGUCCCUUCUGGGCAACCACACCGACGUGCCUCUCCUCCGUCAUUGA